AUGGACAGUAACAGCAUAUUAAGACUUUUAAUUGAGGAUGAUGAGUUGGACUUGUUAUUUGAUGAGAAUCAGUACAUGUGUGCUCUUUUGGAGGAAAUGGGUGGAGCAACAGAAGCUGAUGCUGAUAGGCAAUUAGUCAGGACAAACCGAGGUGAAGGUUGGCGACGUGUGCAACGUUUUAUGAAUGGGUCUGAGGUACAAUGCUAUGAGAUUCUACGCAUGAACCAGGAAACAUUUAAGAGUUUGUGUAAGGUGCUAUCAGAAAAGUAUGGGUUAAAGGAGACUCACAAUAUUUUCGUUGAGGAGAGUGUUGCAAUGUUCUUAGAGACGGUCGGACAAGAUGCAACUGUACGGGCUAUAGCAGAGCAUUAUCAACAUUCAACUGACACUGUGAAAAGGAAGUUAGAACAGGUAUUGAGUUCUCUCUUGAAGCUUGCAUCAGAUAUUGUGAAACCAACGAGGAAUGAGUUUGCAACAGCUAGUCCUUUUCUAGAAGGUAAACCGCAGUAUUGGCCUUAUUUUAGGAACUGCAUAGGUGCUUUAGAUGGAACUCAUAUUACUGUCCGUCCACCAUGUGGGAAUAGUGAGCCAUUUAGAGGUAGAAAAGGUGAACCAACCAUGAAUGUGCUGGCUAUUUGUAAUUUUGACAUGAGGUUCAUCUACGCUUAUGUUGGAGUUCCCGGGAGAGCACAUGACACGAAGCUGGAAAAUACUACUUGGUCGACUCAGGCUAUCCAACCAGAACUGGUUACUUAG